AUGGCACCAGUACCCCUCUCCAUCCUUCGUGCCCUAUCCCUACCCCUCGACCCAUCAAAAACCAAUCUCUCUGUAUCCGGCCUGGGAUCAGGAUUCUCCAAAACAGGACGAAUCCGCGCUCGUGUACCGGGGCAGCAUGAUGCAUCCGAAGAAGAACGUCAAUAUUUUAUCAAGAUAUCGCCAGACGGCAAGGAAAUGUUUCAGGGCGAGUUUGCUUCUCUAAAUGCGAUUGCUGAUAUAGUUCCUGGAUUCUGUCCGAGGGCGUUGGCCUGGGGUACAUUAAGUGAAGAAGAGGAUAGUGUUGAUGGGGGAAACCAGGGAUACUUUCUGGUCACUGAAUUUCUGGACUUGACUGGAGGUUCUUCAAGGUCAUCGAGAAACACUAAUAAGACCAAAGAAACAUCAUUGGCGUACAGAUUAGGAAAGCUACAUAGCACACCCGCACCACCACCACCGCCUCCUCCAGGAUUAUCGGAGAACAGUGAUUCCAAAGAUGGUGAUGGGAAACCGCAAUUCGGCUUCCCAGUGCCCACAUACUGCGGUGACUCGCGACAGCAAAACCGCUUCUACCCGUCUUGGGCCGACUUCUACGCUUUUGGCCGAUUGAGGAUGAUUCUCAGCGAAGCUGAGGACCGCCAGGGCCCAGAUAAACAUUUAAAAGAUCUCGUUUCUCAAACUGCCGAUUUUGUUGUGCCGCGAUUACUGGGUGAUAAACAUCUUGGCUACAAUAAAAAGACCGGUCAAGGAAAUGGAGUUGUCCCUGUCGUUGUGCAUGGGGAUUUGUGGAGUGGUAAUGCCAGUCGAGGACGGAUUGUUGGAUCCGGAAAUUCAAAGGAUGAAGAGGGUGUUGUUGCUGAUGUGAUUUAUGACCCGUCUGCUUGCUAUGCGCAUAGCGAGUAUGAGCUGGGCAUUAUGCGGAUGUUUGGCGGGUUUAAUAGAUCGUUUUUUAACGAGUACCAUUCAAUCGUGCCUAAGACUGAGCCAGUGGAUGAGUACGAGGACCGAGUUAAGCUGUAUGAACUGUAUCACCAUCUGAAUCACUAUGCCAUUUUUGGCAGCGGAUACAAGGGCGGUGCUGUCGAUAUCAUGGUGCAAUUGCUCAAGAAGCCUAGAAAAGGCCAUGGCAACCCAAACGCUGCCCGAAAUGGCCCUCAUCCUCCUCAUCCUCCCUCGCAGCCGCGUGCUGCAGAGCAACAGCAACAGCCGCCAACAGGGCCCAGGGCAAUGCAGGUGAUUCCUACACCUCAUCCGUCCUUUAUCCAGGUCGCCAAGCCGUAUGUCUUUGAGCAUACUAUCCAGGAGUGUCUGGCAGCGACUGGGGUUGAUCCUCAGCGCGAGGACAAUGUGCGGAUCUCAGGUGUGACCUGGAUUGACAAUGUUCGCAAAGCUCUUCGUCUUCCCGUCCGAACUUAUAAUACUGCAUGCGUGUAUUAUCACAAAUUUAGACUUGUUCAUCCUGACAGUCAGUAUAAUCAUAUGGAUGCUGCUGCUGCCGCUUUGUUUACGGCGUGUAAAAUCGAAGACACUCUCAAGAAGAGUCGCGACAUCGUAUGCGCUGCAUACAAUUUGAAGCUGCCACCUUCAGAGCAAGUAUCUCCCGACGACGCUAUCUUCGACCAACAUUCCAGAGGAGUCAUUAUUCUGGAAAGACUAAUGCUUGAAGCAUCGGGCUUCGAUUUUCGAAACCGCCAUCCGCAAAAAUUACUUGUAAAACUUCUCAAGCAAUUCGGCAUGAAAAAAGACGACGAAGUCGGCAUAGUCGCCUACUGUAUCUCUCUCGAUUUGUACCGCACAUUUGCGCCCUUGAAGCAGACAACAGGUACCAUGGCAUUCGCGUGUCUUGAAUUGGCUUCUCGUCUUCUUGAUGCUGGUCUAGAGGAUGUUGAGGCUGGGAGGGGGUAUGCGAAUUGGAAGGUUGGACGGGCUGAAGUCAUGGAAACACUGCUCGACUUACUCGAUUUAUACACCAAUCACCGCUCCAGCACCGUCGUUGGACCGGAAUACCCGCUCGAAGCCUUCCUAGCCAUUCGCAUCCCUCUCAACAAGCAAGCCGAGGACGAAAGACUGCCUCGAUUCACCAACUGGAGGGAUACCAAACACACCGACGUCCCUAGUCAUGAUAGACCGGUCAAUGGCACCGCUGGCAGACAUAACAAAGGCAAAGGAAAAGGCAAAGGGAGAGAAAUCGCCAUGGAACAUGCUGCUGCUGCUGCUUCUUCUAACGUUCCACCACCAAACCCACUAACGCCGAUAUCUGCGAAUGGCGAAAAGCCUGGAUCGGGUGAUCGAGGCCGUGAUGGGACGGUGCGUUUCAUGCUGGAUAUAGAGCGUGCCGAGACAGAGAAGAAAAUAGUCUCUUCUUAUUUCAAGGAUGAUAUUGAGGAGGUUGUUGAAGAGUGA